CAGAGCCCCUUCCAGUCUCAAAUUUGCAUGUUUCAGAAGUGAACACUUCAUGUAUGUCAUUAACGUGGGAUGCACCUGACUGUAGUCAUGUAAAAUACCAUAUCUCUGGGCUGCCAGAUUAUGAAGAAGGAAAAGAAGUUUUUGACACAUCAGAAACAAUAUGUGAUCUUCAAUGUGGGGAUGUAUACUCAUUUCAAGUUGAAACAGUGGCUGCUGAUGGAGUCACAAAAGGAGUUGCUGAAACAGUUAAAGGUUAUACUGAGCCCCUUCCAGUUUUAAAUUUGCAUGUUUCAGAAGUGAACACUUCAUGUAUGUCAUUAAAGUGGGAUGCUCCAGACUGUAGUCAUGUGACAUACCAUAUCUUUGGGCUGCCAGAUUAUGAAGAAGGAAGAGAAGUUUUUGACACAUCAGAAACAAUAUGUGAUCUUCAAUGUGGGGAUGAAUACUCAUAUAUAGUUGAAACAGUGGCUGCUGAUGGAGUCACAAUAGGAGUGGCUGAAACAGUUAAAGGUUAUACUGGUAAGAUACUUCAUUAAAUCAUUUCUUUUUGCUCUCAGAUAGUUUCCCUUAUAAAGCGUGACUUUUAUGAGUAAAAAUGAAUAUCUGUUUAUGAAAAAAUCCUUUCAUGGAUUUCUGAACUAUGUUUGAAAUAGAAAGAACACACAUGCAGAUAUUUCUGCUGAGAAGUAAAUACUGUUUAACUAAGUAAGGCCAACAGCAGACCAAGAAACCUGUAGCAGUUUGCAAAG